AUGCCGAAGGUCGAAUUUGAUAUCCAGCCAGAAUACACUGGUGACUCAGUUUCAGUGCCUCUGGUGGCAUCUUCAGUCAACAACACCACCCCGUCUCCUUACUUCAGCGUGGCUGGAAUUCAGAUCUCUCAGUUGCUCCAUUCGGACUCUUUAAGUCCAUGGUCGCCGGCUUCGCACGCGGAAGCGAUACAUGCAGGGACUCCACUGACUUACAAAGAAGCUUACCUUGUACACCACUUCGCAACGCAGCUCGGGCCUUGGCUUGACUGUACCGAUGCCUCCCGUCAGUUCACUCGGAAGAUUCCCAUCCUGGUCAAGCAAUCGCCGCUCCUACUUCAUGCGGUGCUUUCUUACGCGGCCCGGCACGUUGGAGAUGCCGAAAUGGCAGAGGAAGCGCAUGAGCGCUGCGUAGAACUAUUGAUACCCUUCUUGAGCUCGGAAACGGUUGCCGACGAUGACAAUCUGCUGUGUACCAUUGUAAUACUGCGCGUGUUUGAACAGCUUAACGUUAUGGUUACUGGCAGCGAUCAGGAGCGUCACUUAGCCGGCUGCUCGGCUCUGCUCCGGGCAUCGCAAGGACGAGAAAUGGACCCUUCGGCCCCGAGGUUGCGGCACGCGGCUUUUUGGGUGUACCUGCGUCAGUGCCUGUACAAUGCAUGUGUACAUCAGCAAGCUCCCAAUGUGGAUUCGGACUUGGUUCUCAUUCCCCCUCCGGGCGGAGGUGACUCUCUGAGCAAUCUGGAUUCUGAAACAGCGUGGGCCAACACGAUGACUUGGAUUUGUGUCACAGUGGUACACUUUUGCUUUGGGUCAAGCUACCCGGAGCCUUCUACCCGAAUGUGUCGGUGGCAGGAGCUAUCCGACACCGUCGAGAGUUGGUUGAGUACUCGACCAAGUACAUUUGACCCAAUCUGGCAAAGCGAAGCCGUUCCUGGCAGUGGGAACCCCUUUCCAGAGAUAUGGUUUACGGCUGACUGGCAUAUUAUGGCAUUUGGAUACUACCAUCUUGCCUGUAUGCUCUUGGCCAUCUACAAGCCAACGCCUAAAUUCGCCGUCAGAGGGUUGACGCCUUUAGAUCCGGGUCAUGAAACACGCUCGUGCGAUCUGUGGUGCAUGCAACAGUUCUCCUCCGACAGUGCCAUCGCUGAUCACGCUCUGUCAUUCCACCUUUAUAUGGGGUCCCUUGAUGACGGAUUCAUCAGAAAGAGAGGCAUUGAUCAAAUUAUUGCGAGAUAUGGAAACGAAGCAUGCGUGGCCGACGACCUGGAUAGUUGA